GACUAUUUGUACGCGGACUCUGCUUUCGAGGCGUGGUCAUACACUCUGAGCGUGUAUUGUGAGGAUAAAUGGUUAGGUUGGAAACAAAACAUCGUCAUCAACGCCAAAUGGCCCAUCAAGUACGUUCGCACCUUGAUAGCCCAGAAAAUGGAUCAACCCACAGAUGGAAUAGACCUGCUGUACCACGUAGAGGCCAACCCAGACGAUAGCCAAGACAGCGGAACCCAGGCCCAGAAUGACUUCAUCCCAAUUACAGAAUACUGGGCUAAGAAGGGGCUAGGUAGAAGGAACAGCAAGAAUAGGGGGAACAACCCCCCAACGGAUAUGGGGGAUGUGCAUGAAAAGAGAGUUCUGGAUGUGUAUUGUACUCUGGCAGGUCCCUUCUGCAGUGCCACCAAGCUGGGCAGCCAAGCCAGAUACUACAAUGUCCAGUGGACUAGAAAGCCAACCAUACAAAACUGGAGACCCAAGAUAUACUUCCGCGCAACUCGCCUUCUGAGCGACAAUGCGGAAAAAGAACAGGCGGUGGAUAUCUCAAUCUACGACUACAUAAAAGCAAAGGAAGUGCUGCAACGACUAUCUGUGCGUGAAGACGAGCAUUGCGAACGAACAAUCGACAGACGAUUGCCAUGA